GCCCGCCUUCCCUCACGCUGUGUGCAGUUGCUGUUGGUCGGUCGGUCGGUCGGUCGGUCGGUCGUUUGUUUCUAACGCUGAGCUGAGGAGUGGGGGAAGGUGCGUGGUGCUGGAGCGACUGUUGCUUUGACAUCCAUCCAGAGAAGACAAUGUCCAGUGUGCCCGUGGCUGUGGUGACUGGCUCCAACAAGGGGAUUGGAUUCGCAAUUGUGCGGGAUCUGUGCAAGCAGUUCAAAGGGGAUGUGUACCUUACUGCCCGAGACCCUGCCCGUGGCCAGGAAGCAGUGGCAAAGCUCCAGGAGGAAGGGCUGCAUCCACUCUUCCACCAGCUGGACAUUGAUGAUCUGCAAAGUAUUAAAGCCUUGCGAGACUUCCUAAAGGAGAAGUAUGGAGGUCUGAAUGUGUUGGUUAACAAUGCAGGGAUUGCUUUCAAAGUUAGUGACAGAACUCCAUUUGCAGUCCAAGCAGAGGUUACGCUGAAGACAAACUUUUUUGGGACCAGGAAUAUUUGCACAGAAUUGUUGCCUCUUAUGAAGCCUUAUGGUAGAGUGGUGAACGUCUCUAGCAUGGUAAGUGUCUCAGCUCUGGGCAACUGUAGCCAAGAACUGCAGAAGAAGUUCCGCAGCGACACAAUCACUGAGGAUGAGUUAGUGGAGCUCAUGAACAAGUUUGUGGAAGAUACUAAGAAAAGCGUGCAUGAGAAAGAAGGCUGGCCAAAUACUGCUUAUGGGGUAUCCAAAAUUGGCGUCACGGUCUUGUCCAGGAUUCAAGCUCGGAUGUUAAAUGAGAAAAGAAAAGGUGACCACAUCCUUCUUAAUGCCUGCUGUCCUGGAUGGGUGAGAACAGACAUGGCAGGUCCAAAGGCCCCUAAAUCACCAGAGGAAGGAGCUGAGACUCCCGUUUACUUAGCACUUCUGCCUCCUAAUGCUGAUGGUCCUCACGGCCAGUUUGUUAGUGAGAAAACUGUUCGAACCUGGUAAACUUAACAUCUGUGGACCCUUGCAAGUGGAAACGUGGCUGUGGAUUAAUGUGUGCCUUGGUAGGGAUAUACACCUAGAACAGUCUUACCCUGUCCACUUUAGCACUGGGUCUUUUGUCUUUAUAGUGAGGGCUGCAGUUACUGUGUUUCUCUAACAUUUUGUCUGUAAUAUGGUACUUCCAACAGUGUCUGUUGACCUGUUUAUAGCAUUGACUGGGUAGCCUGACUUGUGAUUUGUGGGGUGUUCCAACCUAAUUACCAUGAGCUGAUUUGAUGUUACCCUAAUACAGAGGUGCCUGACCUUGUUUUAAGAGAGUUUAACCUUAGUGAAAUCAUUGCUAGCCCUUCUCGUUUUCCUUGUAAGAGAGCCUACAGAUCUCUGUGAUAUUGGGCUCAUAUGAGGAGACGGACAGAUGCCUUAUGCUUUCUCUGUGCAAUGGAUCUUCUGGGGGGACCAUUGUUGCUUCUUAAGAUUCUAUGUUAUUUCUUAAAUAGAGGAGUUUUCCUCAGAGCUACAGUCUAAGCAGUUGGGGUUGGGUGGAGAUGAUCGGAUUCAAAACUGAAUCACUGUUGUGUAGAGAUUGCUUAUUGUUAUAGAAGGGAAUUCGGUGAAAUUAAAAAUAGCAAUUACGUACCAUUAAUAGGGGGAAAAUGACUGUUGGCAUUGUUAUGUAUGUAAUAUGAUUACUUACAGACUUGUAUUCAUACAACUGGCUUAUUCUGAUACUAAAAGUCUAUGUUUGUUGAGACUAUGCUUUUGUUUUCUGUAUCCAAGUCUGUAACAGAAGCAUGUGAUAUUUGGAACAUAUGGAGUACAAAAUAAACUACAGCACUGGUAUAGCAAACAUCUGAA